AUGAGCAUCCAGUCCCCACCCAUGCUGCUGGAGCUGGCAGGGUGCAGCCUGCUGAGUGACAAGUCCAGGGCUGUCCUGGAUCUGGAGGACCUGCCCAUAGAGCUCUUCCCACCACUCUUUGUGGAGGCCUUCAGCAGGGGACACACUGAGGUCCUGAAGAAAAUGGUGCAGGCCUGGCCCUUCACCCACCUGCCCUUGGGGGCCCUGAUGAGGAAGCCACAGGUGGAGAUGAUCCGAGUGGCCCUGGAUGGGCUGGACAUGCUGCUUGCCCAGCAGCAUUGCCCAAGGAGGUGGAAACUGCAGGUGCUGGAUUUGUGGAAUGUUCCCCAGAACUUCUGGAGGAUGUGGUCUGGAGCCAUGUUUGAUAGAAGGGACAGGCUGUACCUGUGUUGCAAUAAGCUGAAGAUCUUUGGGAAACCCACCAGCUACACCAGGAAGGUCCUGAGACUGCUGCAGCUGGUCUCUGUCCAGAGGGUGGAAGUGCACUGCACCUGGGCACCCUCCACCUUGGCUGCUUGUGCUCCUUUCAUGGGCCAUAUGAGGAACCUGAGGAAGCUGCUUAUCUCCCAGGUCCUCGUACCUGCCCACACCUCCCCAGAGGAGCAGGAGUGGCUGCUUGCCCAGCUCACCUCGAAGUUCCUCAGGAUGAACUUCCUCCAGAAGUUCUGUGUAGAUGCUGUCCUUCUCCUCGAGGGCCACCUGGAGCAGGUGCUGAGGCACCUGAAGAUGCCCCUGAAGGCCCUCGCAAUAACCAACUGCCGGCUGUCGGAUUCAGACUGGAAUUAUCUUUCCCGAUGCCCAAACACCAGCCAGCUCAGACACCUGGAUCUAAAGGGCAUCAAACUGGCCAAUUUUAGUCUGGAGCCCCUCAAAAUUCUUCUGGAGACUGUUGCAGCCACCCUGAAGAGCCUGGACUUGGAAGCCUGUGAGAUCACGGACUCCCAGCUCCAAGCCAUCCUGCCUGCCCUGAGCUGUUGCUCCCAGCUCAGGGCCUUGUGCUUUUUCCGGAAUCACAUCUCCAUGUCAGUCCUCAGGGACCUGCUGUGCCACACUGCCAGACUAAACCAGUUAAGCCUAGAGCUAUACCCUGCCCCUCUGGAGAGAUAUGAUGCCCAGGGUGCCAUCCACCCCAGAAGAUGUUCCCAGCUCUGUGCUGAGCUCACAGCAAUACUGAAGGACUUUAGGCAGCCAAAG